AUGGCGUCAACUUACCCAAUUCUCCCAGAGAAGCUCCUCCUCAUCUCCCUGAAGAUGUACUUCACCCCAGAACGUACACUCACCUAUCUUCGCGAACUUCUCAACCCAUCCAACGAGAUCGUCCACCCAGAAAACCGUGACAAACUCCUCCUCGCUCUAAUUCCAGACUUCCUAACCAUCUGGCCCUGCGCCGAGAUCAUCAAAGAGUACGAAGCCAAACUCACCAGCAGCGGGAUUUCCCCAUCCCCCUCCCCCUUCCUCCUCGGCGCGCAGGACUGCUUCUGGGAACCCCAAGGCGCAUACACAGGCGAAGUCUCACCAGCCUCGAUCCACGCACUAGGCUGCUCAAUCGUCGAACUAGGCCACGCCGAACGCCGGUCCAUCUUCAACGAGUCAGAUGAGCAAACCGCCCGCAAGGCCGCCGCAACCUGUGCGCAGCAUAUGGUUCCGCUUGUCUGCGUCGGCGAGGUGACCGCCCCGGGCCCCGUCGCCUCGGAAGCAGUCGGUCAGGCUGUGACCGAGUGCGCGGUGCUGGUGCGCGCAGUGCUGAGUGCCAUCCCGGACGACGCGCCCGUUAUCUUUGCUUACGAGCCUGUCUGGGCUAUUGGUCAGCCGAAGCCGGCGGGCGUUGAUCACGUUGCUGCUGUUGUGCAGGGCAUCCGGGCUGUUAUUGGUGCCCGGCAGGGUACGGCUCGUGUCUUGUACGGGGGCAGUGCGGGGCCUGGUCUUUGGGGAAAGGGCGGCCUCGGUCAAGCUGUUGAUGGGAUGUUUUUGGGCAGAUUUGCGCAUCAAAUUGACGGUGUGCGUGAAGUUGUCCGUGAGGUGGAGGAGACGCUGGCUGUCGCGUGA